CGGCUGCGGGCGGAGCGGAGCGGCUGGUGCGGCGUGGGUGCGAACCCUGUGCGGGACGCUGCGCUCGGGAGCGGCGGGCUCGGCCCCCCCGGGGACCCCGGCGGCGGCGGAGCGGGGCUGCGGAGCUCCCCGAAGUGGCGGCGGCUGCCUCCCACCAUGGAAGCCAAACCCAUUGUGGACUCCAGGCAGAGGGAGGAAGUGGUUCGCGGUGUUCCAACCCAGGUGGUCUGCACGGCCUUCAGUGAUCACAUCCUCGUGGUGGUGACCCAGUAUGGAAAGAUGGGAACGCUGGUCUCCCUGGAGCCCAGUGCUGUAGCCAACGACAUCGGCAAACCUGCCCUCACAACCAAAGUGCUCCUUGGACAAGACGAGCCCCUCAUCCAUGUCUUUGCAAAAAAUUUGGUGACGUUUGUGUCUCAGGAAGGGGGAAACAAGCCUGUCCUGCUAGCAGUGGCCUUGAAGGAUAGAAGCGUGGAAGGGGUGAAGGCCCUGAAGGAGCUGAUCCGGAGCUGCCAGGUGUGGUGAGGGACACAGAGAAGGAUCUUUCACCGAGAGACCACAGCCGUUUCUUUGUGUGGAUUAAGUGCGAAUUCAGAGAUACUUAGAAGGCCUCUUCGGCGUCUCCCUCCUCACUCGUGAAAAGGGUCAUUUUAUUUCCCUAGCAUUUGGCCCCUGAAACUGGGAAUGAACAGUUUCCCCAUUCAGAACAUUCCCAUUUGGAAUUUGUUACUGACAUCGCUGGAAUUGGGGUGGAGGGGCUGGGAGAGGACAGGAAAGAAGAGGUGGGGUGUCUGAAACUGUCUGGAAAUUUGCUGAGUCCUUUUCUUGAGGAAAAGGAAAAACUACUGGCAUUCAAAAAGUGCCCCGAUGAAUCCCACCCUGAUGUGUCGUGAAGAAAUAAAGACAUACAACAGUAAAACCUCUCUGAUUGCAUCUCCUUAGUGGACCAGGAGUGUAAAAAAAUGCAAGGCAAAUGGAAUGAGAUAAAUGAGUAAAUAGUAUCCAAUGCACUUUGAGGAGAUUGUUUCACUCUGGAAAUUGGUAGCGAAGAGAUUGCAUAGAAUAUUGUAGUUUCAAAGUCAUAUUAACAUGCUGAGUUGGAAAGGGCAAUCCCAAGAGCAAAGUAUAUGUUGUAUUCUUUUUCUUCCUUUUUACCAUGGGUCUAGAUUUGGAUAAUCGUAACUUUGGAUGAAGAGGGGUACACUGAAAAAUGUUAUAAAAGGAAGCUAUCUUUUUGAUAGAGAAUUGCCAUUCCGGAACAUACGAUUUCAUAUGUAUUCCAGAGAAGAUGGAGCUGGAAACUCGGAAAGAAUUCUAAGCUCUUCUGCUUAUGUGUAAUGAAAGAUUGGGAGGGUAAAUUGUUACAUUAAAGGUAGUACGUGAAUCUC